AUUGGUGGUCGACUGCGAAGAUGAUACUAGCAGAAUCUCACAGCCCUAUUUCCUGGAAAGUCUUCAAGGAAAAGUUUUAUGAGGAGUAUUUCCCGGAUAGUGUUCGAUUCGGCAAAGAGGUGGAAUUUCUCCAGUUGGUACAAGGUAAUAUGUCUGUUUCAGAGUACACCAACAGGUUCAAACAUCUGGUUCGCUUUAAUACCCUUGCCACCAGUGAGGUGUGGCAGUGCAGGAAGUUUGAAAAUGGACUGAGAAGUGAUCUUAAGGUAUUGAUAUCCAGCCUCUGCAUUAAGUCCUUUCCUGUUAUGAUUGAGCGAGCAAAAGUGUUGGAGAAAAAUAUGGCUGAAGCAGAACGUCAGAAGAAGCAGCAACAACCAACUAGAGGGCCGAUCAUGUCCAGGCCGAAUAUGAAUCGGGACAGGUUGCCGUAUGCUCGUCCAGCACAACCAUCUAAUUCUCAGGCUAUGGUUGUUGCCGGACAAUCUGGACAGCACGGAUCAGUCAAGUGUUUCCAAUGUGGAGGACCACAUUACCGGUCUUCAUGCCCUCAGUUAUUGGGAGCAAAGUCCUGCACUCGUUGUGGAAGGAAUGGUCACACAGAGCGCGACUGUAAUAUGGGCGGACGAGCGCCAAUGAGGCCGCCAAAUGCUGGAAGAAUGCAACAGGGAAGGGGUGGACGAGCACAGGCUGUUGGUAGAGUUUAUGCGAUCACGGCCACGGAAGCUGCCAGUUCAGAGGGAGAUGAGCGUUUGGAAGAAGCAUUGAAUGAAGAGAGCCUGGUUGAUGUUGAAGUGAAGAUCGAGCAGUGAGAUCGC